AUGGUAUUUCUCCGUUCAGCUUCUCGCCUUGCGCGCCCUGCCUCCUCCCUCCUCAGCGCACGCGCCGGACCUCGAUUGACUUCGUCGCUCCGACAACCGAAUGCAUUCAGAACGCUGACCGCGACGGCUUCACAACAGGGCAAAGUUCUUCUCGUCCUCUACGAUGGUGGCAUCCACGCCGAGCAGGAGCCUCAGCUUCUCGGAACCACUGAGAACGAGCUAGGUAUCAGGAAGUGGAUUGAGGAGCAAGGCCACGAGCUCGUCACCACCUCCAACAAGGAGGGUGAGAACUCCGAGUUCGACAAGCACCUUGUCGACGCAGAGGUUAUCAUCACCACACCUUUCCACCCCGGUUACCUUACCGCCGAGCGUCUGGCCAAGGCUAAGAACCUGAAGAUUGCCGUCACUGCUGGUAUCGGAUCUGACCACGUCGACCUCGAUGCCGCGAACAAGACCAACGGCGGUAUCACCGUCGCCGAGGUUACUGGCUCCAACGUUGUCUCCGUCGCUGAGCACGUUGUCAUGACCAUCCUGACUCUCGUCCGCAACUUCGUCCCUGCCCACGAGCAGAUCGCCAAGGGUGAAUGGAACGUCGCUGAGGUCGCCAAGAACGAGUACGACCUCGAGAACAAGGUUGUUGGUACCGUCGCUGUUGGCCGUAUCGGUGAGCGUGUGCUCCGCCGUCUCAAGCCCUUCGACUGCAAGGAGCUCCUCUACUUCGACUACCAGCCCCUGUCUCCUGAGAAGGAGAAGGAGAUUGGCUGCCGUCGCGUCGAGAACCUCGAGGAGAUGUUGGCUCAGUGCGAUGUUGUCACCAUCAACUGCCCACUCCACGAGAAGACCCGCGGUCUCUUCAACAAGGACCUCAUCUCCAAGAUGAAGAAGGGCUCAUGGUUGGUUAACACCGCCCGUGGUGCCAUCGUCGUCAAGGAGGAUGUUGCCCAGGCUCUCAAGGACGGUCACCUCCGUGGAUACGGUGGUGAUGUCUGGUUCCCCCAGCCCGCACCCAAGGACCACCCGCUCCGCUACGCCCAGAACCCAUGGGGCGGCGGCAACGCCAUGGUUCCCCACAUGUCCGGUACCUCCAUCGAUGCCCAGAAGCGAUACGCCGAUGGCACCAAGGCUAUCCUCGAUGAGUACUUCUCCGGCCGCGAGAACUACCGGCCUGAAGACCUCAUCGUACACAAGGGCGACUACGCCACCAAGGCGUACGGUCAGCGCAAGUAG